AUGGUUUCAAUUGUGUAUCUCAUUCACAUCAACGCUAACAACCGCAUAGAGGUUGGACCAUGGGGCGGUAGUGGUGGAGCAAAUCCUUGGUCAAUCAUACCAGAUGGUGGUAGGAUUACUCGGAUAAACAUCCGCAGUGGAGCUGUUGUUGAUGCCAUCUCCUUUGGCUAUAGGCAACGCGGUUCCAGCUACAACACUGAUAAUUUUGGUGGUCAUAAUGGCAGACCUUAUACGAUUGACAUUGCCGACAACGAGGAGAUCAUAAAGAUUAGCGGAAAAGUGGGAACUUUUGAGAACAAAACCCUAAUUACACAAUUGACUUUAAUGACCAACAAGCACACAUAUGGACCAUAUGGCACGAAUGGAGGGACUGAUUUCUCUUUUCCUAUAGCUAAAGGUAAGGUUAUUGGAUUCUUCGGAAGAUAUGGUGCCUACCUCGACGCUAUAGGUGUCGUACUUAGCCCUUAGUAGGGGUUGGUUUGGUGAUUAUUGGUAACACGCUUGAUGCGAUAAGUCGUACCCCUAUUAUUAUAAAGAAACAUAUCAAGUGGAGUUAUUCUACUUAUGUUAAGGCUUGUAUGUUUGCUUUGGGUUUUAUUUCGUGUUUCAUCAAUCAAUGUAUGUGUCUAUGUAACUAUAAUAAGCACCCUUGUGGCGCAUGUGCUAUAUAUAAGUGUGUACUACAGAAU